CCUGCCCAGUCUAGGUCCGAGCUCCCAGCAGGGCUGGUUUAGACAUCCAGAAGAUGGGGAAGCUGCCCGAGCGGAACGACAUCCCACCUUGGGUGGGGACUCCCGAAGUCUUGACGGAGCCCAGGGUGUUCCAGGUCCAGACGGGGCUGCUGGAAGCCGUGUUCGGCCCCGACGGAUCUCGAAUCCCAUUCGUCGAGGAGGUGAGCAAAGUCAUGCUCCAGAUGAAGGGUCUGGAAGCUUCGGACCUCGCCGAAGUCAUGGUUUCCGGCUCUUACUUGUUCAAGUUUCAGACCAAGUGGAUGCUCCAGCCCGUGGCCUAGCGGCACCGCCAGCGGCACAAACAGGUUGAGAGGCCUCAUGACCAGGUGCCCUGGACCUGCCUGUGCAGGCGGCCUGGCGCGCCCCUCCAGCCCUCCUCACCCCUCCCUAACUAUCCCCUCCGGGCAAACACCAACAGCACCCACCCGGGAGGCCUCUGUGUCCAGGCUGUGCCCCAGACUCCUUGGCAGUGCCGGCCCUUGGCCCUAGGGACCCUGGAGUAAGGCUGUGAGAGGUGGCCGGGGCUGGCCUCCUGGGGUGGGGCCUCCCCACCCGCCAUGUUGGAAUGAGCCCAGUUGGCCCCAGGUUCUGAGGUUCCCGAGAAUCCCAGGCCCAGGACGCCUAGCUGGGAAGUCCCAGAGAGGAACCUUGGAAAGAGGCAGAGAACUGUUCAGGCUCUUACCCUCUCCCCUCACACUUGCCUGCUGUGGCUUUCUGGUGCAGGGAUGCUGCAACCUGAGGAAGCCUUGAAUUCGCUCCUAGCUCCUCGGAUGAAGGGAAGCCAGUUUGCAGCCAGACCAACCUGGGACGGCGAGGUAGAGUGGAGGCUGCAGCCGGGGCUGCCCGGGGUCUGGUUUAGACUCUGCUCCAGCCUGACAAGGAACACCCAGCUGGCCUCUGGUCUCUGCCUUUAAGUCCUCCUGUCCUUCCCCCCAAG